GCCCAGGCACCCCUAGGUGGCAGUUCAAGGCACCCUUCCAAAUUCUGGACAGUCCUGAGGCACCCUUUAAAAUUCUGGACAGUCCUGAGGCACCCUUUUAAAUUAUGGACAGUCCCGAGGCACCCUUUAAAAUUAUGGACAGUCCAGAGGCACCCGUUAAAAUUAUGGACAAUCCAGAGGCACCCUUUAAAAUUAUGGACAGUCCAGAGGCACCCUUUAAAAUUAUGGACAGUCCUGAGGCACCCUUUAAAAUUAUGGACAGUCCAGAGGCACCCCAUUCUAAAAUGUGAAAAACUA